AUGCCGCCUUUUACGACCCCGAGGGCCGACGCGCGUCGCCAUCAGCAGCUACAGCAGCGGCAGCGGAGUCGCGCGCCGUGGCUCGCCGGCUGGAAUCGCCAGUGCUUCGCUGCGAUCAAUCUAGACGUCGCCUGGGCGCGCUUCGUCAAGGCAGUCGGCCGGCGGUUAGAGUCCCCAAACCGGCCGGCCAAGUUCGGUUACUAUGCCGGCUGUUACGGCUGCCUAGCCGGCGUGGCGCUAGUCUGCGCGCUUCUCGUCGUCCUCCCGCUCAUUCUCCAGCGCCGCGCGUUUCUCUCCCCUUCCGCCUUGCGCGCCGCGUCAUCCAUCGACCGCGAGGCUCUGGCGCUGGCGGUGGAGCGGCGCGGGCCGUACAUCGACUCCGCUGACAUCAGCGCCGCAUCCGCGUGGCCCUCCGCGCUUGACGACCUGCCGCCUCCCCGCGAUGCUUCCGCGCGCGAGUCAGUCGCGCGCGGCGAGGGGGGUGCGGGUGGCGAGGUGGUGACAGGGGGGAAAGGGGAGGGUGAAACGCGGGAGGAGGAGGGGGGGUUUCUAGGGGGGAAACAGCAGGGGACAGGGGAGCGGAGAAGGGGAGGGGAAGCGGAGGGGGGCGCGGAGGCAGCGUGUGCGACAGGAGGUGCGGGGUGCCCGUACCCCGACAUUGUCGUGCGCGCCAAGGGUCCACUGCAUGCGCGCAUGGAGGCGGUGUGUGCGGGGUACGCCAUCACGCAGCUGCUCGCCAUGAAGCUCUCCCCGCCCGUCGUUGACGCCGUCGGUGUCCCCCACCCCCACGGCCCCCAUGCUGGUUCCGCUGGCGCUACUGGCGCUGCGGGUAUGGAUGCUGCCACUGCUGCUGCUGGCAGCAGUGGGGGCAGCAGCAGCAGCGGGGUGGUGGAGGGGCCAGGGGUGGGAGAGGAGGGGGUGAGGCAGCUACGGCUGGCGGUGCUGUGGCAGCCGGACAGCGGUGUGUGGGACGCGCACUUCCACCACCUCUUCCACCCGCUGCCGCUCUCGCCCUCCCUGCCUGACGACCACGACGCACCGCUCAACGGGUCACACAACGACUCACGCACUGCGGGUGCAGCGACGGUGACGGUGCUGCAUGAGAAGCCGCUGUGGCUGCACUCGCCACACUACGCUGAAGGAAGGCUCGACCUGGACAUCGUGCCAGCUCCAGCACAGUCACCGCCACGUCAGCAGCCACCUCAGCAACCACAGCCGCAGCCGCAGCCACAACCACAGCCAGGCCAUCCGCAGCCGCAGCACAACCCGCACGGGGCACAGCAGGCGCCGUGGCUGGUGGAGCAGCCGCCCAUCCCCUUCCCCACCCAACCUCACUCUACUCGCCGCCGCCUGCUGGGCACUGGGGCCAACAGGGUGGGCACUGGCACCGGCACUGGCAGGGCGCGCUCCUCCCAGCAGCUCAGCAGCGGCCGCCUGGCCUCUGCCCGCCUGCUCUUCUCGCCUCCUGGGUCCUCCCCUUCCGGAGAUGAGCCUGGCACGCAGAUCAGUGGCGGGCAGAGCAGUGCUGGUCAGAGCACUGGAUGGGGGCAGAGCACGUCACGAAGGCGACUGGCAGAAGCGGCAGGAGGCAACACAGGAAGCUCAGGAAGCACAGGUGGUAGCAGUGGUGGCGGUGGCAACACAGUGUCUGUGAGCCUGCAUCUGCUCUCGUCCCUGCGCAGUGCUGCUACAAGCAUGGAGGUGGUGAGUGCAUGGGGUGUAGCAACGGUGGCACCAGGCUCAGAGGAGGCGAUGGAGCUGCAGGCGUCCAUGGUGGAGUGCUAUGGCAUGCUGCAGCCCUCGCCUGCCGUGCACGAGAUAGUGGCACGGGAGAACCUCACUCACGUGCGCCACAGCACCGCCGUCUACAUGGAGCCAGUGCUAUCAGGGUGCACGGGCUGUGAUGUCAAGCAGUUGGUCAACUGCACGGCGCGGCGCCUCAUGUGGCUCUUCCUCGCGCACCCCGCCACCGCCACCACGCUCGCCGCCUUCUGGCCCUCGCAGGCCCUCGCCGUCGCCCACACCUUCCACCCCGCGCGCCAGCCGCACCUCCUCCGCACCACUCUGCACCGCUCUGAACAGUGCCGGCCGAACCCCCAGCGUGGGGAGAUGGCACCACCGCCCAUCGUGCCGCACCCAUGGACGCCCAAGCAGAUCGCGGAGAAGCGGCACCGCGCUGACAUGGCCAAGAACGUGAGCCGCGCCGACGCUGCUGCUGCUGACGUGGCGAUGAGUGUGGCGAGCAGGAAGGAGCGCAAGGAGUGGCUGGAUAAGGCGGUGCAGGAGCAGCUGCAGGCGGAGAAGCGGAGCGCGCGAGGCACGGGCGAGGGCGGAGGGGAGGAGGGGAGCGGGGCAGGAGCAGGAGAGGAAGGAGCGGGGGGAGGGGAGGGAGGGAGUGCGAGCUUGAUUGCAGGUAUGGACGGGCCAGAUGGAGGGGGAGAGGCAGGCGGGAUGGACGCGAAGGGCGAUGCACGGAGGGAGCGAGUGCUGGAGUUCUUGCAGAAGAUGUACGGGCCGGGCAUGGGGGCAAGGCAGAUGGGGAAGACGGAGGGCGAGCAGCGGCGGCAGAUCAGGGCAAUGCUGAAGGAGCUCAUGGGGCGGGACUGGAAGACGGUGCUGGAGGGGGAGGAGGAGGGCGAGAAGGAGGGCGAUGGGGAUGGGGAGGGGGCGGGGGAGGGGGAGGGCAAGCCAAAUGUUUUCAGUAUGGUGCGAUUGCGGCGGUUGCUGCAGUCUAAGGCGGGGGAGGAUGGUGAAGAGCUGGGGGAGGUGAAUGAGUCACAGCAGGAGGAAGGGAGAAAGAAGGUGAAGCAGCGUGAGCAGCAGCAAGGCGAGACACGGGAGCAGCAGCAAGGCGAGACACGGGAGCAGCUGAGGCAACACAUGGAGCUGGCGGAGAGAGAAAUGGCUGAGAGGGAAUCGAGGGAGAGGGAGUUAGUGCAGAGGGAGUGGGAGGGGCUGGACGCGAAGCAGCGGUCCAUCCGGUGCUCCCAGCUGGAGGCGGCGGAGCUGUUCGCGCUCUCCCACGCGCCGCGCCUCAUCCACCUCCAACACUCCCCCCAGGCCGACUUCCUGCACGCGCAGGCCAUGGCCAGACGCGCCCAGGAGGCUUCACGGGCUGCGAGUGGGGCUGCGGGGAGGGGGGAGCGGGGCGGCGGGGGGUGGGUGGGGGCGAUGGCGGAGGGCGUGGAGCGCGGCGAGGAGGUGGCGCUGGUGCGCGAGGAGGCUGUUUGCCAGGCACCGUCAAGCAAGCCCAUCACGAAGCACCGCAUCGGGCACCAGCUGAUCGCGAGCGGACAUCCUCUCCCUCCCGCCUCCCUGCACGUGUCAGCAUCACCUUUCCUGCACGUGUCAGCAUCACCUUUCCUGCACGUGUCAGCAUCACCUUUCCUGCACGUGUCAGCAUCACCUUUCCUGCACGUGUCAGCAUCACCUUUCCUGCACGUGUCAGCAUCACCUUUCCUGCACGUGUCAGCAUCACCUUUCCUGCACGUGUCAGCAUCACCUUUCCUGCACGUGUCAGCAUCACCUUUCCUGCACGUGUCAGCAUCACCUUUCCUGCACGUGUCAGCAUCACCUUUCCUGCACGUGUCAGCAUCACCUUUCCUGCACGUGUCAGCAUCACCUUUCCUGCACGUGUCAGCAUCACCUUUCCUGCACGUGUCAGCAUCACCUUUCCUGCACGUGUCAGCAUCACCUUUCCUGCACGUGUCAGCAUCACCUUUCCUGCACGUGUCAGCAUCACCUUUCCUGCACGUGUCAGCAUCACCUUUCCUGCACGUGUCAGCAUCACCUUUCCUGCACGGCAUAGGGUUGCUGUACUGCUGGGUGCCCAAGGUGGCGUGCACGAGCUGGAAGGUGUGGAUCCGCCAGCAGCACCACGACAGCCACAGCAACGACCUGCUGUCAACGCACCGCCCCUUCGCCUCCAACAUCACGGAGCUCUGGUACGCGCUGUCGGAGCCGGCAGCCAUCCGCGCCGUGACGCGCCCCGACCUGCUGCGCUUUGUGUUCGUGCGGCAGCCCUUCGAGCGCAUUGUGUCCGCCUACCUCAACAAGCACGUGGCGGGCGGCGGGCCCGACGGAUGGGGGCGCAAGUUCUGGAAUCUGAACUUUUUCGGGCAUCUGGCGUACUUCAGGCAGAUGAACAACCGCACGGGCGGCAACUUCACGUUCCCGGAGUUCGUGCGCCUGGUGGAGUACGGCAUGCGCUUCGACAGGCGCAAGAACAUGGACAACCACCUCGCCCCGCAGUCGCUGCUGUGCGGGCUGGACCGAAUAAGGUACGACCUGGUGGGGCGGUUUGAGCGCAUGGAGGAAGACGUCAAGGCCGUCAUGACGCGCCUGGGCCGCCAGCCGGGCGAUGCGUUUGACUUUGGCAAGAAGAUCCACCCCACCAAGUCCAGAGACCAGCUGCUGCAGCUCUAUAGUGACGCUGCGACAUACUUGAAGGUGAAGAGCACAUACCAGGCGGACAUGGAGGAGCCGUUCAACGCCAUCCACUUCGACCCGCCGCCUGAGCUGCGCGAAAAGUUUGAACCAAAGCCAAGUCAAUACAGGGCCGUAUGA